AAUUUCCAUUGUUUUUACAGACACAUUUGAUUGUGAAUGUGAACGGAGGUACUUUUUUAUUUUCUUUUCAAUUAUCAACUAAAAUUGAUACAUUUCAAGUUGAGUGAUUCAAAUGUAGGUUAAAUAAAACGUGGUAAUAGUGAAAUACUGUUAGUUAAAGGUGAAAAAAUCUUUUUUUCUAAACUAUAUGUGUUCAGGAAGGUUGUGUUAUAUACCUGAGUAAAGGAGUAAAGUCAAUAAACUCUAACGAGGAGUGCCAUGAAAUGUUAUUUGAGAAAGUGAAAAUAGACAAUACUUAGCUGUAUUACUUCAUUCAUAAAUAUUUGUUGAAAAGCCUGAAAGAAGUGAGUUGCUCAUGAAAAAAUAUUGAAAGGAAUGUCGAAAACUGUGAAAAACGUUGGUGCGUAGGAGUCACUCGCCUUAUGUACCCUGAAAUACGGUCUAAUGCUGAUCCACCGACACCGUCAUCGCUUACGUAUCAUUCACCUCAUCCACCUUGUUACCGUAGGAUGUCCACAUCACCAUCAGCUGUACCAUUGGAUCUCGGGGUGAGCUGAUCCCAAAUAAAAUGGCCACCGAUAUGCGGUCCCCUAACGUUUCCGUCACACCCAUCAAUGUAGAGCCUUACCCUUCUCCAGGAGAACCACCGCAAAGGGCAAGGAGCGCUCCUCAUCCAGCAAGCUUGAUUUCAAAUGGAAUAGUAGAUGUCUUAGACAGCUCCGAUGCCGAAGUUGCAAGGAUAGAUUUCCAAUCUGUCAAUAUGAGAUCAAAAAAAACUCGAGAGGACAUUCCGAGGCCGAUGAGUUGGGAAGGCGAACUUUCUGAUGGAGAAAGAGACGGGAUGUGCAUGGAUGAAGAAAAUUCAGCACAGGUACCUGAAAAUCUUUCGCUUCCUCAAUCAAAACCGCCCUCGAUAAGUGAUUCAAAAGAAAGCCCUAUUCUCAGACUGAAGCAGCCUCCUAUGGGAAACUAUUCGUUGCAUAGUACCCCCAGUAACUCACCGCUACUUAGCCAACGACAUCCUGUAACAGGAGUUCCAAUAAUUAGUCACAAAGAUCUCAUGAUGCACAAAGGUCUUAACGUGCCACCGACUCCCUCACCCGAUUCAGCCGUCCACUCCGCUUAUAGCGUUUUUAGCUCCCCGAAUCAAUCGCCAUUGACACAACGCCACGUAACCCUAACGCCGAAUCUUAGUAGAAAUAACAGCGACGCCUCCCAUUCGAGCUGUUGCAGUUAUAGUAGCGUUUCCGUUUCUGUAUCACCUACACAACAGUUUUCGCCGACACAUAGUCCAGUACAGGGUCGACAUAUUCCUAAUAUUCACAAUAGUCCAUUACACCAACAUAAUUUAAUCUAUAGGAGUUUGCAAGACGAAAAUCUACAAUAUUCUACAGAACAAGAUGCUUUGGAGGAAUCCGAAGAUAAAACCGGUAUUAUACAUGCGUCUCUGCCAGCUCAAACAGGAAUAUCCCGACAACAGCUUAUUAAUAGUCCAUGUCCUAUAUGCGGAGAUAAAAUAUCAGGUUUCCAUUACGGUAUCUUUAGUUGCGAAUCUUGUAAAGGUUUCUUCAAGAGGACGGUUCAGAAUAGAAAAAACUAUGUGUGUCUUAGGGGAGCGCAAUGUCCAGUUACUGUAGCUACUAGAAAAAAAUGUCCCGCUUGUCGAUUCGAAAAAUGUCUUCAAUGCGGAAUGAAAUUAGAAGCUAUCCGUGAAGAUCGAACCAGAGGGGGUAGAUCAACAUACCAAUGCAGUUACUCCUUACCGCCAUCUUUAACAAAUCAUUCGGAUCUAAGAGCCAGCGCUACGGAUUUAAGACAAAUGGGAGACGGUCAUCCAGGUUUAACUGUCAAAUUAGAACCACCCGAUCCUCAAAUGUCACAUACCAAACGUAUGUUCCCCGGAUCAAAAGGUGUUCCUCCAUUAUUGCAGGAAAUAAUGGAAGUUGAACACCUUUGGCAUUACAACGAAUCCGAAUUAACCAAACUAAGCACCGACGGCCAUUUGGGUAAAGAAGGCUCCAGUGGCGCAGUACACAAUCUAUCCACCCAUCCCCUUUUAGCCGGGACUGCUUUGGCUGGUUCAGCGGACACAAAUCCAGAUUUCGUUGCCAACCUUUGCAAUAUAGCCGAUCACAGACUAUACAAGAUCGUCAAAUGGUGCAAGAGUCUUCCACUAUUUAAAAAUAUAUCUAUCGACGAUCAAAUAUGUCUUCUUAUAAAUUCUUGGUGUGAACUGCUUUUGUUCUCUUGUUGUUUUCGUUCGAUGGCUACACCAGGAGAAAUAAGAAUAUCGCUAGGAAAAAGUAUAACGUCGGCGCAAGCGCGCGAAAUGGGUAUGCAAGCGUGUAUAGAAAGGAUGUUGAAUUUUACCGAACAACUUCGGAGAUUAAGAGUUGACCAGUACGAAUAUAUCGCUAUGAAGGUGAUAGUUCUACUUACUUCCGAUACUUCUGAACUCCGAGAAGCCGAAAAAGUAAGGUUAUCUCAGGAGAAAGCUUUAAAAGCACUCCAAGAUUAUACUUUAUCGCAUUAUCCUGAAAGUCCAGCUAAAUUUGGAGAAUUACUUUUACGAAUUCCUGAACUACAACGAACAUGUCAAGUUGGUAAGGAGAUGUUAACAAUAAAAUCAAAAGACGGAGAUGGACCGAGUUUUAACCUCCUGAUGGAGCUCCUUAGGGGGGACCACUGAAAAUGUGCCUUAUAAGCUUUGGUGGCGGGCUCUCGUAUACUACGGACAGUAUUUCUUUGCUUAAUCACUAUUUAGCUUUAAGUGAAACCCUACGUACUUAGAAAAAAAAUCGUGCUGGACACAUUAAAAAAGAUCGGUAUCUUAGGAUUUUUUCACUAAUUUUCAAAAAAAAUUUUAUUUGAUAAUUGAAAACUUUACUUUUUUUCGUUAAAGAAAAAAAAUAUGAAAGUUCUGUUAAUAUGUUGAGAUUUCAUGAGCACGUUAUGGAAUGAUUGUUGCUCAAAGUUACAAUAUUCCCUUCAGUUUGACGUUAUUCGAUUAAAAUUUCCAAUUUCUAUUUAUAACAAUUUCAUUUUGGAGUCGUUAAAAUGUUAUUGUUUUGUUAUGAAAAUUGAAUUUCGUUUAAAACGUUCUAUUUUAUGUAUGUCGAAAAAAUCCUUCAUAAAAUUUUAUAACCGAAUGUAUAUAUAUAUAUUUCUUAAAUUAAGUUUAUAUUUUGAUAUUUUUUAUUAUAUACAAUGAGGCUAUUUCUCGCUAUCGUUGACGUUUUUUUAUAUAUAUAUAUUUAUAUAUAAGGUGAAUUUAAUAAGAACCUUUUAGAAUUUUGAAAAACACCUUGUAUAAGAAUAAUUUUAGUUGAAAAAAUGUUGAUGCUAGAGCUGUACUCGUAUCUGAUACGUACCUCGAAGCAUAUUUUUUUACAGAUAAGAAAUUAUACAAAAAAAAAUCUCAAGGAAAAUAGAAAUAUUGAAUGACUUCAAAGAAUCACUCUACUGUCCUCCCCUAAGCUUUUCAGUAAAUUUAUGUGCAUAUAAUAAAUCAUUUAAACCAAAUGAUUUUUAUCACAAAAUUCCUAAUAAAAAUAUUGGGUUUCAGUUAAUAAUCCUGUUUCUAAAAUACCGCAAGGAAACAGUUACCAAUUUUACACAGAAUAAGAGAUUAAUAAUAACUCUUUGAGAUUUUUUUUUAAAUCUUUGCUCCAUUCCAGUGUUUCAAAAAACAUAUUUUAAAUAACUGUACUCUGGCUUGAAAAUUUUAAGUAAAAAUGAUAUAUUUGUAUAGUUUGGAUCGUAUUUUUGCUCUUUUUAAAAAAGUCUGAUGGUUUUUAAGAAGGAACGUCAUACAUUGACCCAUUUGGGCAAACUGUAUGUCUAAAUUAGACAAUUUCAUAUAAUUUUCACCAAAUACAACAGUCAAUAUUCCUGUGUAUGAAUUUUUAUUUUUUUUUUAAUUUUCUUUUAUUUAAUAUAAAAAAAGUUCAAAGCGCAACUGAACAUAUUUUCCUUCUAUAACAAUACACAAAAAAAAUUAGUACAAAUAACCAAAAAAAUUGAACAUAACUUUCACUUUUUGAACAAACCGUAUAAAAUUGGUAUUGUAGACUAAGUUCAAACUCUUCUUUUUCUUCCUUCUUUAAUCUAGGCAAUUCGCCACUCUGCCUGCUGUACUGCUAAACUAUCAUACUUUCGUUUUUGGUGGAGACUUGAGCUUCUACUUCCGAAUGAUGAUUUGUCACGUGCAGUGGAACUCUACUUCUAUCGUCAAUCUACUCAUUAGCGUUUACUACCGUGCAUGUUCUUAUAUUUUUACUUCUUUCUCUGUCCAAGGACUUUUUUUGGCUUUGUCAACCUUCUAAAUAAAUUAAGAUCAUAUAGUUUGUAGUCAACGCUGGAGUUCCUCAAAGAUGUAUCUUAUCACAUACUCUCUUUCUCCUGUACAUCAACGAUCUACUCAACAAAAUUGUAAACCCGAUUUAUAGCUUCGCUAACGAUAGCACAUUAGAGUCGUCGUUCAAAUCGACCACCCCAAUAAACUCUGUUACUACCCAAAUCCGCAGGCAGCAACAGAUCACCACCAUCAAUACCGAUCUGGAAAACAUUCUGGAGUGAGGUAGAAGCAAUCUGUAGAAACUUGGACAGUUUAGAGCAUAGAAGGUAAACUGUUCACCUACAAUCUCUGAAGACGAUAACUUCGUUAUCGAAACGUGCGGCAGACAGUGUAAUUGUGUGUGUUACUGUAGUGCCAGUGUGGUCAGUUUACUAUUCUUGUUGAUGUCCAUUCUCUAAACUCUGCUUUUGUUGUUUGUGCAGUUUUUGGCUACUAAACAAGCGUUUGAUGAUCGUUUGGUGUACCCAGUAAACCAUCUUAGGCUGCAGUCCCCACGUCUCGCCUACGAAUUUGCAACAAGUCCAUAUAAUCAUAGUGGCUUUCAAAAUAACCUUGUCUAGAUGAUUGUUCCAAGUAAAUAUUUUAUUCAGGAUGUCUCCUAGAUCCAUCAAGUCCAUCAAGAGUUAGUGCGCGUAUAGUUGCCUUUCUUCUUCUAAUAAAUGGGACUAGUAUUGUUCCGUAGAUAUGCCAAUUUAUUAUUUAACUCUAAGACGGGAAAAGCUAUUUUAUUGGACACAAUGUUUACUGUCAUUAUACUUUCACAAUUACACUAGCUUACCGUGGAUUAAUAGUUCAUAUCCGGCUCGAAGGACCAUGUUUUAGGAAAUCACCAACUGCUCUAAAAACUUAGUUGGUAUUACCUUAUACAAAUUUUUUAUAUUAAACUGCAGCUAUUGUCAUUAUAAUGAGCUUUUGUUUUUUUCUGUGGAUGGAAAAAUUAAAUAUGUUUUUAAACUUGUUUUAACUAAAUAUAUCAAUUUUACUUAAAAAAUUCUCAAGUAAAGGUUCACAGUUAACCUUCAUAAAUUAUCAAAUAAAGGUUAACUGAAAAUAUCAUGCAUAUAAUUUUCAUUUUGUUGUAUUUUCAUUAAGAAUUUUUUUGGAUGUAUUGUUAGUAGUUUAAAACUACAGUUUUGUCACGUUUUUUUUUUUAAUUCAACCUACUCUAACCUGAACUAUUGUUGUAAAUAGUCCCCGGUUGAUUUUUAUUUAUUUUUUAAGUCGGACAAGAGUUUAAUUUUGUGCCAACGCUGUGUUUGACCGAACAGACUGAAUGAAAUUUUUUGUUGUUGCCAUAUUACUUGGCAUAUUAUUAUAAUGAGUAUUAACAGGAUACAAAUAAUUUACGAAUGUUGAAAAAUAGUCUUAAAAUGUUACCGUUACUCAUGAAAACAAACACGAUGUUUCUAACUCUUCCCAAUCACUGAUUAAACCAGAAGAUUUACAAUGAUCAGAUAGUUUAUUAAAAAAUUGUUUUUCCUAAUUGUCUUUCAGCUUUUCAAUACUCCGAAAAUUUGGGCAAUUCUACCUUUUAGGGUACAACUCUUCUAUGAACUUGAAAUAUGUCAUUUCUGGUAUAAUUCUGAACAGGUCCAUGAAUAUUUAUAUAGGGCGCUCAUUUUUUUUCGUUCAAAAAUUCGUAUUUCCAAUUUCCCGACUGGCGAUAGUAGAGUGCUUUUGACAAGAUGCUGUUAACAAUUUUGAUUACGGAAUUCAUAACCUUAACAAAGCGCUUCUUGAUGUAUUAUGCAGUUAAACUUCAGAAUUUCGUGGUUUAUUUUACUCUAAAAAAUCGUUGUGACCCCUAAUUUUUUUCUGACAUACUUCUGGCUCCAUCAGUUGCUAUUGAAAUUAAUCCUAUUGUCUUCAAUGCAUUUUUGCACGGCAUUCGCUUCAUCUCUAGUUUGUCCCGAUAACGAUAGCAAUCCUAGAAGUUCUUCUUCUGGACCUUGGGAAGACAUAUAAUAUAUCUGACAUAAAGAGCAGUCUUUUAUGCCGCAUGACUCAUCGAUAACAAGUGAAUAGGUAGAAGAAAGUUGAAUAUCUUCCACUUGCAAAUAUGUUACAUUUGAAGACUGAAGAAUUAUUCUUGUAUCUUGUACUGUUUUAGAGGAUAAUGGCAAAUCUUUGAUAUUUUUCAAGGUUUGUUGUUUGUUUUUGAGAUGCACGUAUGAAAUAAACCUUGGCGUGUGGCACGGGGAGGAGGUGAAAAAAAGUGAGUAAGUCUUUGAGGGAUAGAAUCGAUGCCUACCCCUCGUUAAAUGAUUUAGAACCAUUUUCAAUUUUUUUUUAUUUGAUAAAAUCAAUAUUAGUUGAGUAUGGAGCUAGAGUCGCAGGCUGCCGACCUCUGCACUAGACCGAUAGGAACCGUGAGCUGAAGAUAUAAGAGCAUAGGGGCGCGCACUAUGAAAAAUUGAAAAUUUUUUAACCAAAAAAAAACAUAUGACAGAGGCAUGAGGGCCAUAUAUAAAUAUACAUGAACAUGCUCAGAAUGAAGUCAAGGUCAUAGAAGAGUUGUACCAUAAAAUAUAGAAUUCCCAAAGUUUGUAUAAAUAAGAUUUUAAGACGAUUCAAAAUUAUUGUUACUCUUAUUUUGGCAUGGUUCAUUAACAAAAAUAUAAUAUCUUUAAUAAAAUAAAAUUUAAUGAUUAAUCGAAUUAUUUGUAUCCGAGAGAGAAAAAGAAAAAUAUCAAUAAUAUUAGAAUACAAAAUGACAAUUCAACAAAAAUCCGUACUGAAUGAAAAAAGUGAACGUCUGAUUAAAAAAUAAUUAUUGUUUUUUGAUUUUUUUCAAAUUGAGACUUGUAUAAACGAGUACCAUGACAUUUUACUUCAUUAUAGAAUUGUUACUAUAAUAAAGAAUAUUCUAUGCAGACUUGACCACCUCACAAUUUAAAAUUUGAUAAAAACUAAAAUAUUUCAAGUAAUUGAGGUGCUGCUUAUAAAAACUCGCCUUAUCCAAAUAAUCCCAUUUUGAGCAAAUGAGGAAAACUUUUUUAUAUAUUCUAUUUUCUAAUGAAACAAUUUACAACUCUUGUGUUUUAUUACUUUUAAUUAUGAUUUUAUUUCAAUUUUGGAUAAGGCUAGUUCUGAAAUGACUUUGUGGAUAAGGCGGGUUUUAGAAACGGAUUUUUUUUGCAUAAACUAAUUAAUCAAAUUAGGGACCAUAAAUUGCAAUGUUUCUAUUGAAAUAUAAGCAGAAUACUGGAGAACAAACAUUAUAACUAGACUCUCAAAAUUCACCAUUUUCUUUGAAAUAUAAAGAGAAAAAUUAAAACUAGAGAUCCUAAGCUCUCCGUUUUCAUUAUUAAUUUCUUGGCAAAUGUCUACAGUAUCGUCAGAAGCACCAGCUAAUUCAUUAGCAACCUCAAGAUUCAAAAGGUUCCGAUACCAUAAGAAAAUCUCCAUUGAACUGGUGUUCAUAAUUAAUUGUGGACGGCCAAGGGCCCGUUGAGCACAUAGGCCCGUCGUGCCCCACUUGACGUUCCCAAAGGCCGAUGUCCUGUUAGAAUCAGGUGAUUUGGCUUGAAGCCUUUGAAGUCAUUAGGCAAGUUGUGAAGCAUACCCAAGUAUUUAAACCGUGCUCGUAUAACUGCAGGGCACUCAAAGAUGACGUAGCCUGCGGUUUCGUCCUUCUCAAUGCACCAAUGGCCCUCCGAAUCGUUCGUAAUGCCCAUGGUGUGGAGAUGACAGUAACCAGUUAAAAGUCCGGUCACUAGUCGCGCCUGUUUAGUUGGAGCAUUGAACUGGUAUGACCUCUUCUCUAAAGCAAUCAGAACAUUCCAAAGAGACUAGAAACUUAACUUUCUGAGUAGCCCUCGUAUGUACAAAUUAUUAUAAAGGAGACUUAGUGUACAAUAGAAAGUUAAUUUUUUCCACCCAUUAGCUUUUAUCCUUUGUUUCCAAUGAUUUUACUUCGAUAUUUUUAUUAUAAAUAAUUAAUUUUUAUAGAAAUAGUUUUUGAUAUCUGAGCUAGAUUUUGAACUUUAUCAAAAUAUUUUGAUUAAUACCAGAGUCCUCCCGUAAGACGAAUAAUCAUUUCUGUGAAAAAAAUCGAGUUAUGUAUUAAAAUACACCUUAAAUCACGAAUGCUUAUCAAAAAUAUGCAUAAAAAAUACAAGAAAUUUGAAAAAUUUAUAUUUUUUAUUAUAGUAGCAGAUUUAUACAAAACAUUUAUCGGACUAGUACAUUUUGUAUCAGGUUUUAAUGUCGGUAUUAUUUUUGACAGUUCACUAGUGUCCCUUUUUUACCCCGGUUGUUUGUACCCAAGUUUCUGUAUAAGAUGUUCAUCUACAAUAACAAAAAGAAACAACUUAAGACUAAAGGGGAGGCCUUUCAAAACUGUAUUAAAUACAGUUUUAGCCCUAAAAUACUUUUUGUACUCACUUUUUUACUGUCGAUUAUAUACAACACAUGUAUUGAAGAAAAUAUAAUAUACAUCUUUAACAA